AUGCAUUCAUGCACGCCAAUUGUCCAUCAUUCACAUAUUGAUUGCGAGGUGCCAACCAGUAUGGCAAGUGCUCCAAGCAGUCAGGAGCGCUUACCUCAAGGCGUCCGAAAAGGGAAGAGUGAGCCAAUUCGGAGAAUGGUGAUUGGUUGUUGGUACAAGCGAGCCAAUCGAGACUUGAGAAUUGUCAGCAGAACCAGACUGAGAAGGCACCACCUGAUGUUGGAGCAGCCAACGGAAAAAGGAAGCGUGUUUACUCGAGAAGACUUAACAAGAUCAUCAUCAGAGUCAGAUGCAAGCUUUCAGAAGAUAGGCAAACAAACCAAACGUUACGGCAAGUCUUCAGGAAAAAAAGUUACAAAACACAAUCAAGCAGUCGAAAGAAUCAUUGAGUGCAUGAUUCCGAGAGUACUGCAAGUUGUCGAGAGAGGAAUUCAACUGCUUGUGGCUAGUCUUCAGAGCCAGCAAGUAAUUCAGUGCAAGUGUAGCAAGCGGCCAGAGACAAGAGAGUUUGUACCAGCCUCAGACAUUAGAGCUCUCUCGGAGUCUGGCGAAAGCGACACAAGCACCUUAAUGGACAGUGAACCAACGGCACCUCAAGUCCCAGUGCCAGAAACACCCAUUCAGUUUACACAUUACCGAGAAAGAUCCCCGUCUCCGGAGUCAGUUUCAGAGUUUAAUCCUGAGCCGGAAAUCAGUCAACUGUCAUUCCCAGAAGCGUUUCUGGAAUUCUUCAACAUGUCCGCGUACCCAAGCGGAGGGCCUGCCACAAGGGCACCAGGCGAUCGUCAAGCUUUCCUUGAGGAAGCUCGAAGGAUUAACAGACGAGACCUAACGGUGGAAAAGUUUACAAAUGCCCCCGCCCAAGACAUCCAGGCGUUUGUCGAUUCCAUCUCAUGGAAGCAUGGGAUCACCAGAGCUGAGUGGGACAACAUGUACACAGACAGCCAGAACGAGUUGGAUGAGAUGCUUCUGUUGUAUCUAUACCAGAAGCUGGACGGUGAGCCUGCGCGCUGGUGGGCAACAUUGACGAAGGAUGCCAAGAUCAAUUACAAGAAAGUCACGACCAUGUUGGUGGCACGGUACGGCAAAGAUGAGGCUCGUCAGAAGAAGAAUUUGCGACACAGAGUAGCAAAUGAGUUGAAUGGCCUUCGUCAAGGAAAUCGGAGUUUGGGCGACUACAUCGCAUACGCCAAAGACUUGCAUUUACGUGUCACUCCUGAGCAAGAAACCAUUCUCAUCGAUAACUUCAUUAACAACCUUGCUGACGAAGGAUUCGCUGACAUGUCCGUGGCUGGUACUCCCAGGAGGAGAUGGAUUUCCUCCAAGUUAUUGAUAUGGCUAUCAAUAUGA